UCCACUGCAGAGGCUGAGCUCAGCUUGACUCGCUCGCGCUGUCAUUAUGAUGUCCGCGACGGGGCAACACCCAAACAGCGGUGCCGCAAAACAGGCAAAUUACGCGCAGCAUCGCGUCUAAUGAGGGAGUGCGCGUCCAGAGAGCGUCAUGAGUCACGCCUGAGGUGCAGGAUGUCUUUCAAGAAGGAAACACCCCUGGCUAACGCCGGGUUCUGGGCGGCCAGGAAGGGAAACCUGGCUCUGCUUCAGCUGCUGCUCAACAGCGGGCGAGUGGACGCCGACUGCAGAGACAGUUAUGGGACGACAGCGCUGAUGGUGGCGUCAUACAGCGGCCAUUAUGAGUGCGUCAAAGAGCUCAUUAUGCAAGGAGCAGACAUUAAUUACCAGAGAGAGACAGGUUCGACGGCCUUAUUCUUCGCCUCGCAGCAGGGACACCAUGACGUCGUGAAGCUGCUGUUUGAGUUUGGCGCCUCCACCGAACUACGGACAAAGGAUGGUGGCACACCUCUCACCGUUGCCUCGCAAUACGGACACUCAACGGUGGUGGACGUCCUGUUGAAGAACGGAGCCAACGUUCACGAGAGGCUAAACGAUGGAGCUACACCUUUAUUCCUAGCUGCCCAGGGGGGUCAUGUGACUGUGAUUCGUCAGCUGCUGGCUUCUGGUGCCAAGGUGAACCAAGCCAGGCAGGAUGGCACGGCACCCUUGUGGAUGGCAGCACAGAUGGGACACAGUGAGGUGGUGAAGGUCCUUCUGUUACGCGGAGCAGAUCGGGAUGCUGACAGAUUGGAUGGAUCGACGGCGUUAUUCAAAGCAGCGCUGAAAGGACACAACGGCGUUGUCGAGGAGCUGCUGAAAUUUUCUCCUACGCUCAGCCUUCUCAAGAAUGGCUCCACCGUCCUUCACGCUGCCGUCAUGGGCGGGAAUAUUCGGACUGUCCUUCUGCUGCUUGGAGCCAACGCCGAUCCCGCUUUACCCAACGAGCAUAACGAACUCCCCGCCGAUCUCACAAAGAGCGAUCGCAUCCUGAGGGUUUUACGGCAGAACGUUGUGAACGGAGACAGUUGAUGAAAGCCCGGACUCUCCUCCUUCACGUCGGACUCUCGAGUGAUGGCGCAUCGCGAGGGGGAAGAACGACGUCAACGAUGUCAAAACUGCGACAUGUACUGUACACGGUGCUUGGUUAAUGAUAGUGGCUUAGACAAAGCUGUGAACAAACCUGAACUGAAUGUAAGAUAACAGACAUCUAUUAGCCUUCUCUAUGCUGUCUUUUCCUCAGCACACAUUUAUUUGUUUGUCUCUAACAAUAGAAGAAUUAUGGAUAUUUUGCACACUAUUUAUUGGCCUUUUCAAUAAAUGUUAUAAAUGCACUACCGGUCUCCGGCGUUUGGUUCUAAGAUGGGAGGCCUUGUAACAGGACACAACAAUAAACGAUAAUAUGGCAUAAUACUUUGUGUAACCAGAAUAUUUCAUUUGUUAUGAGGGAAUUUUCGAUUUAGUUUAUUUAUAUACUG